GAAUAAUUCAUCACGUCACAGUGAGAGCAUUACUGUAGUCAUGUCGAUGGAAUGAGUGGUGUGAUGCGAGAAUUUAGGAUUGAUUGAACUUUGAUCAAACACAGCAGAGUGUGGUGCAGAGUUGGAUGGGACGCGCGAAAAAACAUCAAUCCGUAACUUAGUCAAGACAAGACUGUAUCGCAUGUAACUUUGCAGUUCUCGUUAUUAAACGUGUAUACACAUUAACUGGUGGCCUCGACGAUAUAUUUUGUUCCUCUGUUAUUAUUUGUUUCUCUUGCUUCCUCGUAAUUCCAUUCGCGAGUUAAACAAAACCGGCGUGGAGUCGACCGCGUGAACAGUGAUAACGACAAAACCGACUCGGAGCGAAAGUUGUUUGCACGGUUUUUCAAAGCGAAAAAACAAAAGAAAAUCAUAGGAACAUGCGUGUUUACGUGUGAAGAUAUUUACGAUUGAAUAUUCCUGCGCAAAGUGAACGAAACAAGUUGCAAGUGACGCUUGAACGUACAAAGACACGAGGCAUGAAUCUGACGUGGACUUGUGUGGUUCUGAGUUUACUCGUAUUUACGACGGGACUUCCGGAGAACCAGAUCAAGGAAUUUAUAGCGCUGACGAAGUACGGGUACGAGGACUCGUGUUCAAAAGCCGCCCAAUCCGAAUGGUCUUUCAUUAACGAGCCGACGAACGAAACUCGUUUGGAAUGGGAAAACGCGACGAGCGAGUAUGCACUUUACAAGAUAAAACAAGUGAACGAGACGAGCAUUCAAAACGUGGAAGAUUUUCCCUACAGCUCAUUGGAAUACGCUUACGACGUUGUCAUUAAACCUGGCGACGCGUUGCUCGAAAUCCAUCAUUUCAACGAGCUCGUGUCAUUCGCUGGUCAAGCUGAGCUCUCUCGACUGAGCGGAUACUUUGAAACUGGGAGCAAAAAGAACUACCGGCAAGACGUGGAACAGCAAUUGUCUCGAAAUGGAAAGCCCGGAGAAAAACUUUCCUGCUGGACCUCCUGGCACCAAACUCUCCUCCCAUUGGCAGCUCACUUUUCCCACAGUCUACAGUUAGUUGGAAAAGCAGCGGAAGCUAAUGGAAAAAAUGGAGUUCUCAGCUAUUGGGAAAUGCUGAGUAGCUACGAUAACGGUUACGACCACGCGAAACAAGAAUGGCUCAAGAUUUCAUCGGUUCACAAAAAAAUUGUAGAUUUUGUGAAGAAACGUUUAAACCGAAAAUACAGCGAUGCCAUCGAGAACAAUACACUGCCAGCUCACCUGUUGGGAUCUCUACAGGGAUACGAUUGGACGAAUCUGGUAAUGGACGUUGCCCCGUACAGUGACGUGUCGUACAAUAUUCGAAAAAAUUUAUGGGAAGAAAAAUUCGUUGGGAAAAAACUGUACCAAGAGGCUUCGAAAUUGGGUCAGAUUUUGCUCAGGCACGUGCCUCAAGCAGAUUUUUGGAAGGAAAGCAACUUCCGGGGUCAAUGUCCUUCGCACUUGAUAAAUCUCUGCAAAGACGGAAAAAUGCGAAUUUCCACGUGCUCCGAGGCUUCGGUCGCGAAUUUCAUCUCGGCUCAUAAAAACGUUGCCAAAAUUCUUGCCACGCAAAUGUCUCACCACGCGGAGCCGAUUCUCAGCGUCGCUAAUAGAUAUUCAGCACUCGAAGAAGCAGUCGCUGAAUUAUUCGGCGUUUUGUCGGUCAGUCAAGCCUGGUUAAAUUCUCGAGAUCUGAUCGAUAACAGCACAGAUCUCGACCAAGCGCACAUUGUCUCGUUGAUGAUAACCGCUCUCGACGUUUUACCACGAAUGGCGUAUUACUUAGCCGCUGAUAACUGGAGAAUUGAUGCAACAGAGAACAGAACUUUCGAUGGAAGUGAUAUGGCGACAAGCUGGUGGAAUUAUCGGAUGAAAUACGAAGGCAUCAGCACGAGUGUUCCAGACAUUCCGACAUUCAUGAACGAUGAUUACAUCACGAGCAACAAACCCUAUUUACCAAAAUUCUUGGGGACGAUAUUGGGAUUCCAACUGUACGAAUAUCUUAUGGAGUCUACAGAAAUGCGGUACGAAACGAUCUCGUCGUCGACGGGGAAUCACCAUUUGGCAAAGAUGAUACGAGUUGGUUUCGCGGAUGACUGGAGCAAAGUGAUGAAAAAGUAUUUGGAAAUGGAUGAAAUCAACGCGGACGCGCUUUUGUCGUAUUUUUCUCCGUUGGUGGAUUACAUCGACGAGCAAGAGGAGAUGAACGAGGAUUUCCCGUUGCCUGAAGAGCAGGAAAAGGAAUUGGAUUCAAUUGGCGAUGAAUAUCGAAAGACGUUGAACGCCCCCAGCACAACGACGACGACAACGAUGAAGCCUGCAGUGACCAGGACAACGACACGUAAGCCAAUGACACCAAAGCCAUCAAGAAAAUCAUCCGCGAACAACGCUCCGCAGACGAUGGAACCCGCUAAAUCUUGGCUCUCCGACGAAUCGAGUAAGAACUCGACGAGCUCGAGAGACGUGGAAAUCGCACCGGCGAACGAGAAGAAAGAAAUUCCGAUUGAAUCGGAAGCUGCGCAGUCGGAGGGGGCCGGAAUCAACGACGAAAAACCCAAACCAAACACGAGCAAAGCCGUUUGGGCCGUGGCCGCGGUUCUUGUAGCAACAAUCACCAUUUGCAUAAUAGCUAUUUUCGGUCGGAGACGAUGUAGGAAAGCACCAAAGAAUAGAAGAUACGUUUAGACAUUUAA